AUGUUGCGCAGGGCGACAGCAGCAGCAGCAGAUGCUGCAGCAGCAGCAAGACCUAUUUUCUCUACAGCAGCAUCUACAGCGGCAGCAGCAGCAGCACCAGCUCCUUCUCGUGCUGCUGCUGCUGCUCACCUUCUGCAGCGCGACCCCUUCAGGCGCAUGCGCAGCAGCAGCAGUUGCUACUCAAAGAGUAACUGCUGCUGCAGCAGCAGCAGCUGCUGCUGCUGCUGCUGCUUCUACGGGGGUGCUGAGGUGUCUAGGCACCUCAUUGGGCAGCUACAAUGUGCAAGACACAUUUUAACAAAACAUACUCCAGCAGCAGCAGCAGCAGCAACAACAACAGCAUCAACAAGAACAGCAACAACAGCAGCAGCACGAACAGCACCAGCAGCAGCACCAGCAGCAGCACCAGAAGCAGCACCAGCAGCAGCAGCAGCAGCAGCAGCAGCAGCAGCAAGUGUACGCAAUUUGGCGUUGAUGGCGCACAUAGACGCAGGAAAGACAACAGCAGGCGAGAGUUUGCUGCUGCUGUCAGCACAACUUGCAGCAAAAGGAAAUGUCGAUGACGGAACCACUGCGCUGGACUUCCUCGCACAAGAGAGAGAACGAGGGAUUACAAUUCAAGCUGCUGCAUCUCGUUUUAAUUGGCGUCAGUUUGUCUUCAACCUAAUCGACACCCCAGGGCAUGUAGAUUUUUCAGUGGAGGUUGAGCUGUCUCUUCUUGCUGCUGAUGGCGUUGUGCUGCUGCUAGACGGUACGCGAGGUGUUGAAGUGCAGACAGCAGCAAUCUGGCGUUUGCUGCAGCAGCAGGAGCGGCUGCAGCAGCCGCAGCAGCAGCAGCAGCAACAGCAGCAGCGCGUGUCGCGACACAUUCCACGGAUUAUAUUUGUUAAUAAAAUGGACCGAGAUGGCGCCGAUGCAGAAGCUUGCCUUCAGUCGGUGCGGCGUCGCCUUGGCGCUUGGCCGCUGCAGCUGAACAUAGCGGUUCGUCCUGCUGCUGCUGCAGCAGCAGGAGCAGCAGCAGCAGCAGCAAGGCCGCUGCUGCACCUCAUAGACAUCACUGACCUGCGCUGCCGCAGCUAUUUACCUCACCCACUUGGAAGCAGUUUGCUGCCUCAGGUGGAGGAGACAGUCCCUCCUGCUGCGCUGCAGCGGCUUGUUGAGUCUCCUGCAGCAGCAACAGCAGCAGCAGCAGCAGACGCAGCAGCAGGAGGUCUCUCCGCGCAACUUGCUGCUGCUGCAGAGGAAGGAGACAGACCGCAAGGAUGCUUCCAAUGGUGGCAGCAGCAAGACCUGCUGCAGCAAGUGCUGCUGCAGCGGCAGCUGCUGCUAGAGGACGUCUGUCUCCUAGAUGAGGCCUUCGAGGCCGUCGCAUGCAGCAGCAACAGCAGCAGCAGCAGCAGCAGCAAUAUGCUGACGGAGCUGUGGCUUGCGCUGCGUCGGAUUGUUUCUGCUAAUUCAGCUGUCCCGGUGUUGUUUGGCUCUGCACGCGACACAUGUGGGGUGGAGUUGCUGCUGGAUUCUGCUGCUGCGCUGCUGCCGUCUCCUUUAGAGUUGCCGCUGCCGCAGCAGCAGCACUACUCUUCUGCUGCAUUCGCUCGCGCCAAGCAGCAGCAGCAGCGGCAGCAGCAGCAGCGGCAGCGGCAGCAGCAGCAACAGCAGCAGCAACAGCAGAAAGGUAUCCGGCAGGGCCUGCCGCUUGCGGGGCUGUCCCCUCAGCAGCAGCUGCAGCAGCAACAGGGCCUAGGAGGGCAGCUCUUUUCUCCCAGCAGCGCAGCUGUUGCUGCUGCUGCUGCUGCUGCAGAAGCAGCAGCAGCUGCUGUAGAAGCAGCAAGAGCCGGAGGAGGCAAUGCCCAGACAGCAGCAGCAACAGCAGCAACACCAGGUGCAGCAGCAGCAGCACUCGUACCUGCUGCUGCUGCUGCUGCUGCUCUCUCACCGCAUGCAGUGGCUGCUGCUGCAGCAUUUAAAGUUCUCCCUGAGCCGAACGGCUCUCGGCUCGCCUACUGCCGCAUCUUCGCAGGACGGAUGGAGGCUCCGUGCAUUCUCUUUAACUCCUCGCAGCAGCAAGUAGAGCAGGUGCAGCAGCUGCUGCUGCCUGCUGCUUCUGCAUACACCCCAGCAGCAGCAGCAGCAGCAGGAGAUGUUGCGGUGCUGCGUGGCCUUAUACACACAAGAGCGGGGGAUACACUGCAUGCUAUCCCUGCUGCUGCUGCUGCUGCUGCUGCUCAUCGGCAGCAGCAGCAGCAGCAGCAAAUGCUACUGCCAUUCGUUUUCCAGCUGCUGUCCGAACAAGCCGAUCCCCAGAUCCAUGCAACAGCUGCAGCAGCAGCUGCUGCUGCCGGCAGCAGCAGCAGCAUCGGGGAGAAUGAGAAGGGUUUUUCUGAAGCUGCAUUGCUUGCGAAGCUGGAGCAGCAGCAGCAGCAGCAGCAGCGUCUGCUUCCGGUUUGCUUUUGCAGUAUAGACUGCAGCAGCAACGCCGAGGAGCAGCAGCUGCAGCAGGCGCUGCAGCUGCUGCAGCUGCAGGAUCCUUCGCUGCUGUACACUGCAGCAGAAGGAGAGCCUGUCGUAUUGUGGGGCCGGGGGCAGCUGCAGCUCGAACUCUUAUUUGGUGCAGCUGCUGCUGUUGCUGCUGCUGCAGGUCUGACGACGCACUUAGCCCCCGUUGAGGUUGCGUACAAGGAGCUGCUGCUGCAGCCGCUGAGCGGCACUAUUACCUGGCCUCCCCGCAGCAGCAGCAGCAGCAGCAGCAGGAGGCGAGGAGGAGGCAGCAGCAGCAGCAGCAGCAGCAUCCGUCUCAGCUUGGGUUUGGUGCCGCUGCCUGUGGUGUCUCCUGAGCUGCGUCUCUCUGCCUUGCUGAAGGGAGAGCGAGACCCUGCACCUGCUGCUGUUGCUGCAGCAGUUGCAGCAGCAGCAGCACCUGCUGCUGCUGCUGCCAUGGAGAGUCAGUUUCCUAUGGGCGCCCUGCGGACGCUCAGUAGUGCAGCAGCAGCAGCAACAGCAAAACCAGCAGCAGCAGCAGCAGCAGCAGCAGCAGGUUCUCCACUAAGUGGCUUGCAAGGGCUAACCUCUUCUUUUCUUAUUAUUGAGCCGCACGCGCAGCAGCAGCUGCUGCAGCUUGGGGCCGACGACGACCACAGCAGCAGCAGCAGCAGCAGCAGAAGCACCGGGACAGCUGUGGUGCAUGCAAUAGAAACAGCAGCAGCAGCAGCACUCGCAGCAGGGCCUUUGCGUGCGUCUCCUGUUGAUUGGGUGUACAUACACCUCAACUCGGUGGAGGUGGCAGGCGAUCAUGCUGCUGCUCCUGCUGCUGCUGCUGCUGCUACUGCGCACCUGCUGCGGAUGUUGCUGCGGCGGGGCUACGCGGAGGACAGCGCUGCAGAAGACGUGGAGGGCUCGGGCCAAGCAGCAGCAGCAGCAGCAGCAGCAACAGCAGCAGCAGCAGCAGCAGCAGCGGGGCAGCUUCUUACUUUGGCGGAACCUAUAAUGUACCUGGAGCUGCUGCUGCCUGCUGCAUGCGUUGGGGCUGCAGCAACAGAUCUUACGCAGCACAGAGAGGCGCAAGUUGUCUCUAUAACAGCAGCACAUGGUGCUGCUGGUGCUUCUGCUGCUGCUGGUGAUGCUGCUGCUGCUGCUGCUGAAGCUUGUGGAGCCUCUGAAGACGACGAGCGCCUCAUGCAACUCGAUGCAGCACUGCCGCUGCGGUGUGCAGAGGGCUGCGCUUCUUCUCUCUUGAGUUUGACUCGUGGGCGGGCGAACUUCCAUUUGCGGCCGCUGGGGUAUGGCGAGGUUUCUGCUGCAGCGCAGCAGGCUCUCCUGAAUCGCUGA